UAAUCCGGGACACUCUGAAACGAAUUCAUCGUCGUCCGUUUGCACGUCGAGAGUUCUACGAGUUUACAAAACGAAUACAGAUACGAAUCGAUAUCCCGUAUUGCUAUUGAUUUUUGGCAAAAUCUUGAAACAAUGAAGGUGUCUCACAUAUUAAUAUGUAAUCUAUACGAAAGCACGAAGUGUUACAUAUAUAGAUUCUAAAUGUCCUCUGAUCCAAUAAAAAAUCGAUGUCCCAUAACCUGCCCUUAUGUCAGGAAGCAGCUUCGUAUCGCAAUCAAGGAAUCGCCUAACAUAACGGAAGGGAUUUUUCCGCGGAAGAAGGAUGAUGUGGAACCGCGACUUCCGUUGGAUGUUAUUUCGGAAGACAUGCGAGACGAACGGACAGUCGAGACUGCACUAGCUGAAGAAUUAGAAGACGUCGAAGUAAAGUCUAAGGUUUUUGAAAAAGUUCCAAGUAUUUUGGAACCAAUCAUUACUACACCAAGAAAGAUAGCUGAUGACAUUAAAGAGAAAAUUUAUUUUAUUGAGGAAAAGAAAUUAAUAGAAGUCGUCCCUUCAAGAGAAAAAAUAGAUAGUCGCGAUGAAGAAAAAAUUGAUUUCGAGAAAGAGGAAUUAAUCCAAGAACCCGCGCCUGUCCAGAAAGAAGCUCCGAUAGAAAAGAUAGUAAAUCAUGUUGAAGAAAAAAUCGAUUCGAUUACAGAAGAGGAAAUAGACCGAAAACCUGUGAUUGUUCAGGAAGAAAUUGUCAUCCCGACACAGAUAUCCGAGCAUGUAGAUGAGGAAAUUAAAGACAAGGACUUGGAUGUUAAAGAAAUUGUAGAGAAACCCGUCGAAGAAGCUUUGAUUGAAGAACCUGAGAUUAUCGAAGAUGAAAUUGAACAGGCGCCAAUAACAGAGAUUGAAUUAGAACCGUCGCGGGAACUAGAAAAGCAUUUCGAGUUGGAGGAGCGGGAAGAAGAGAAGAGCAUCCCUGACGUACAGACGGAUUACGAGCAAUUUAUCGACGAGGAAUUGCAGGAGGCUCUGCCCGCUGUAAUAGCGAAGGAAAUUCCGGAGGAGCCGAGAGCGGUGCGUCGUGAAAUUUCCAGGAAUGCGGCCACCUUGUAUGAGAAAAUCGAUCCCAAAAGACCUGUCGGGCCACCGAGCAAGCGAGAAGCAGUGACCGCAAUGCCUGAGGAACGACCGGUUAGAGAGGAAGUAUCCGCAAGGCGGGCUCUCGAGGAUUCGACGAUAACAGAGCGGAUCGUCUCUCGUAAGCUUGGAGAAGAUGUUUGCGAGGAGACAUGCUCUUUAGUAAAGGAGCAGGAAGAACGCAUUAUGCGGAAAUUGAAGGCACGACAACGGCUCGUAGAUCAUUAUUAUCUGACGAAGGGCUUCAGCUACUUUGAGGACGUAUGCACGUGCUCUCUGGCUUGCAUGGUGUACACCUUGAGCCGGGAUCCCUUUGUGAAGAGUAUAUUCGCGUCUCUCGCGGUGUUCGCAAUUGGACUGAAGUUGUGCUCCGAGCUGGAUGCGUGGGAGAUGCCGAGUCGCAUUUCAUAAGAUCAAAAUAUCGAUGUCAGCUGAUACAUCUGAAUUUUCGCACCUGAGUCUCUUAUAAAAUCUCAGCAGUUGCAUUAAGAUUAAUGAAAUAUUGCUGAAAUAAUGCAGACGAAUACAUAAAAUAACUUGUUUAUUCAAUAUACAGCUAUUUACAGUUUGAACUCUUAUAUACAAGCGUAUGAGCAUAAGUAAAUUAAGAAUUUAAAA